AUGUUUUCGUUAAAUAAAACUACUAUACUCAGACAAGUAGGUCAAAUAAGGCCGAUCACGUCAUCGUUAGCACCAUCCAUAACUCAACUUCCAGUAUCUCAAACCAUAUCUAAACGUCAUGUUUCAUCAAAAGAAUUAACUCCAAAGCAAUUACCCACUGAUUUCCCAUUAAUGUCAGAAAAGACUGCUUCGAGCCCUAUAGAUUAUGCAUUAACUUCAUUAGAUGCUAUAGCAAACUGGGCUAGAAAGUCGUCGUUCUGGCCAGUUACAUUUGGAUUGGCAUGUUGUGCGGUAGAGAUGAUGCAUGUUUCAGCACCAAGAUACGAUCAAGAUAGAUUGGGUAUUAUUUUCAGAGCUUCACCACGUCAAUCGGAUAUUAUGAUUGUUGCUGGUACUUUGACCAACAAGAUGGCGCCAGCAUUGAGACAAGUUUACGAUCAAAUGCCCGAUCCAAAAUGGGUUAUUUCUAUGGGUUCAUGUGCUAAUGGUGGAGGAUACUACCAUUACUCAUACUCAGUUGUGAGAGGUUGUGAUAGAGUUGUUCCAGUUGAUAUAUACGUACCAGGGUGUCCACCAACAGCAGAAGCUUUGAUGUAUGGUGUUUUCCAAUUGCAAAAGAAGAUGAUGAAGACGAGAAUUACCAGAUUAUGGUACAGGAGCUGA